GCUCGUGGUCGCAAGGCCCAGAAGGUCACCCAGAAGUAUGUCAUCAACGCUUCCCAGCCCGUGAGCGACAAGAUCUUCGACCUCUCUGCUUUCGAGAAGUUCCUCCACGACCGCAUCAAGGUCGAGGGCCGUGUCGGCAACCUCGGCGACAAGGUCGUCAUCUCCCAGGCUGGUGAGGGCAAGAUCGAGGUUGUUGCCCACAUCCCCUUCUCUGGCCGCUACCUCAAGUACCUCACCAAGAAGUACCUCAAGAAGCAGCAGCUCCGUGACUGGCUCCGCGUCGUCUCCACCUCCAAGGGUGUCUACGAGCUCCGCUUCUACAACGUCGUCAACGACGAGGGCGAGGAGGAUGAGGAGUAA